CACGCACACGAAAAAGACAUGCAGCGCAAGCUGCCGCCGCACGACAGGCAAGCCUCAUUCUAGAAUUCUUCCCUUGAUACGUCCUUCACAACAAACAUGGCGGCCCGCGCAACGUACAACUUCACCAAGACGUGGCUCACGGACCCGUCGACGUACCCCAUCAUCGCCAUCAUGACGGUCGCGCUCACCGGCGCGUCGUUCACCAUGAUGCGGUACUCCACCCAACACCCCGAUGUGCACUUCGACAAGGACCGCCGUCAAGACUUCUUCACGUAUCAACCCGGCGAAGGCGAGCACUGGCGCGCUCAUCGGUUCACGUUGGCCAACGGCAAGCGCAACCCGAUCAACCAGUCUCAACUGUUCGACCCCAUGUUCGAACGCCCGGAAAACCACCACAUCCACCGCUAAGCACACUCCCUAUUUUAAUGUACAUGUUUUUCUGUGGUCGA